AUGGACCAACCUCUGACGGUCAACGCGCCUGCAGCGUCGACCAAGCGCUCCAACCUGCGCUUCGUGCCCACGUUGCUGCGUAAGAACUGGCUGCUCAAGCGCAAACAUCCCGUGGCUCUACUGUUCGAGGUACUCACGCCCGUGCUCUUCAUCGUCGUCAUGGACCUCGUUCGCACCACCAGUAGCGACGAUACUGUGCCCUCAGGGUUCACCACGGGCACCACGUCGUAUAAUCUCUUCAAUCCUUCGGGUUGGUCACUGGUGGGGGCUUACAAUACACCAAAGUUCGCCACACCCGAGACUACACUCUCCGGACUCAUGCUACACUUGGCCUACAAGUCAUUCGACUACGGUAGACUGAUGAAGACCUUCACGUCUGCUAACCGCUCCAUCUGUGAGCGUGAGCUGGCGUUAGGAGGUCGCGUGAGUCUCAACACGUCGUCUCCGUACUCACUCCCGUCCGAGUGUGAAGGUCGCGUGUCGCCGUAUAAAUUCGCCAUUGCACCGGAUAACGACUUCACGAGGAACUAUUUCUUCGAAACCAUCAAGUUGUGGUAUCCUACUGUCGUUCUCAAUGACUCCUCGUCUGAUUACUCGCUUGUGAUCCCGUCUUUUGAAGACAGCACAGUCUUCUUUGACACGGAAGAUGCUUUGGAGGACUACGUCGAGUCUUCGGACUACGCUAAGACCGAAACACAGCCACGUAUCUUCGGAGCUAUCGUCUUUACGAACUACCCUACAACCAUCGGUGAGCCUGCUUCUGUUGAGUACACACUACGACUCAACUCGACGUAUGUUGGGGAUAGUGAGACGAAUCGAUACAUCCCUCAAACUAUUGGAGGUGACGGUGCUUCGUUGUGGGAUUCGGUGGAUCGUAAGCUCGAAACUACGGACUACCAGCAGUACACUACGAAUGGCUUCAUGACGCUACAGACCCUCGUCACACGGUUCGUCAACUGUUUACCCGACUGGGAUAACAGCUCCAAGACCACGACAGGAUCUUGUCAGAUUAACGCCUCCACGGCAGUAUCGACGGACGAUUUGGACCAGCGACUACUGGAGACUGUGGUUAAUGACCCUGCGACCAAGACCGCAGGUGUUUUAUUCAAUGCCUUGAUGGGAGAAUCGUCUCCGCUCAGCUCUGACUUGGAUGAUGACGCACGUGAAGCUCUACUGACUCCACUGCGUCAGGCUCCUCAACCGUAUUUGGGGUCACUAACGACGCCGUUUCCUAUCAACACUCACGCUUCGUCGUCUUUCUACGAUGCAGUCACGGACGCCUUCCCGAUCUUCUUCAUACUAACGUACUUGCAUCCGUUGUCCAAGAUCCUCGUCGGUUUGAUGUCUGAAAGAGAGACGCGUUCUCGUGAGCUUAUGAAGAUCUUAGGUGUCAAGGAGUCCAGCAUCGUCAUCUCGUGGUAUAUCACGUACAUCGUCAUCCUGUUCGUGAGCUGCGUGCUGCAGACUCUCGCGGCUAUAGCCAAGCUCUUCCCGAACACGAACGCGGUAUUGCUGUUCCUCUUCUUCUUCCUGUUCAGUAUCAGUGUACUGGGUUUCGCCUUCAUGAUCAGCUCCGUGUUUUCCAAAUCGCGUACUGGUGUCUACGUGGGCUUCAUCCUGUUCUUCAUCAUGUACGGCGUGAGUGGAGCUUACGACGAUUCGUCGGCGGAAUCGUCCAAGAACGUCGCGUGUAUACUGGCCCCAGUCGGACUUGUUUUCGGUAUCAACUCGCUCUCAGCCGCUGAGACUUCACAAGUGGGGAUUUCCUUCUCGACUGCCUCACAACGGAUCAACAACUUCCGAUUCUCUACGGCUCUCUGGUACUUCGCAUUCGACACGAUAUUGUACACACUACUGGGGCUAUAUUUCGAGAAAGUUAUCCCUAAAGAGUACGGUAUGCCGGAGAAGUGGUACUUCCCGUUGCGUCCUUCGUACUGGAGGAAGUCCAGGAAGUUCGUGACCGUAUUGAACGAGAACGAUUCAGCUGUGCAGGUGGAUGUGAACCCAAAUAUUGAGCCAGUAAGUGCUGAUUUACUCGACCAGGAGAGGUCAGGUGAAGCACUCUGUGUCCAAGGUCUUCGGAAAGUGUUCCCUGUUCCUGGAGGCGAGAAGGAAGCCGUGAAAGGACUGCAUUUGAACAUGUACUCGGGCCAGAUCACUUGUCUACUCGGACACAAUGGUGCUGGCAAGACGACGUUGAUUUCCAUGCUCACGGGUGUGACACCUCCCACUGCAGGCGACGCUACGUUCCAUGGUCUUUCGAUUCGUGAAGACAUGGACGAAGUCCGCGAGUCUCUCGGUAUCUGCUUCCAGCACGACGUCCUGUAUCCAGAGUUAUCAGUACAAGACCACCUUGAGUUCUACGCUCGCAUCAAAGGAUAUACUGGUGAAGAAUUGGCCGAUGAAGUUACUGCCAAGGUCCGUGAAGUCGGUCUUGUCGAUAAGCGGACUACGAUGAGUAGUGCGCUGUCUGGUGGCAUGAAGCGUAAACUAUCAGUGGCCAUUUCGCUGCUUGGGGACAGCUCACUGGUCUUCCUGGACGAACCGACUUCGGGUAUGGACCCGUACUCUCGACGAAGCACGUGGGAGAUCCUCAUGAACAACCGCCAGAACCGAGUGAUGGUGUUGACAACGCACUUCAUGGACGAAGCAGAUAUCCUAGGCGACCGUAUCGCUAUCAUGGCUGAAGGAGAGCUGCGGUGUUGCGGGUCGGCUUUGUAUCUAAAGAACCAGUUCGGAGUUGGCUAUAACCUGACCAUCGUGAAGGAAGAGAACUGUGACGACUCGAAGGUGAUCGACUUUGUAUCUCGUUACAUUCCGUCAAGUCGUGUGCUGAGCAAUGUUGGAACGGAGAUCGCGUUUCAGCUGCCUCUCGAUAGUUCGUCUCAAUUUCCUACGAUGUUCCGUAAGAUGGAUGAAAACCUCAGCAAGUUGCAGAUACUUUCGUAUGGUAUUUCGGUGACGACAAUGGAGGAAGUGUUCAUUAAAGUGGCAGAAGUGUCAGACGAAGACCAGCAGCAUACGCUACAGAACCGAGUCAAGCAGCAUGGAAUUACUUCUCAGGAAAGUAUCCCUAUCGUUGGAGACAAGCCAGCGGACGGACAUUACCAUGGACUUGAACGUACAGGUAGUUCGUUAGCACUGACACGUUCGAGAUCGAUUUUCUGGACUCAAAUGGUGGCAAUGAUCCAGAAGCGCUUCCGAAUGGCGAGGAGGGAUAAGAAGUUGUUCGUGGUGGGACUGCUGCUGCCAGUAGCGUGGUUGAUCUUUGGGUUGUCGAUAUUGAAGGCUGCAGGGCUCACCAAUGAUGACCCGUUCAUUGAGCUCAGCCUGUAUGGUCUAGAAGAUGAAGAAGGCCCAGUUUUGGUCCCGUCCUAUUGUGCUCAAAGCUCUGGAAGCUGGUGUGGAACAGCAUUGGGUAGUGCUUAUUACACUGGAGCGUCGAUUGUGACACUGAGCCAGGAUGAUAUCGGGAAUCCGCCGUAUUCAAGCGACUCCCCCACAGUAUUCGACGUUGAAUACAACGAUCCAAGCAUCAACGCUACCGACGCAACGGGUUAUCAACUGAAAGUGAGUCAAGAAAUCUUCAACCGGGCCUUUUCUGACGGGAUUUCGGAUCAGUUCGGAGGUUAUCUCAUUCGUGCAGACGAAGAAAGUAACGUGUUUGGCUACAACGUCCUGAUCAAUACGACGCUGACGCAUGGAUCGGUUGUCUUCAAGGCGUUCAUGGACCAGUCACUGUACCGAUUAAUGGCCACACAACAUGACUCCUCCAUCGGAGCUUCAGAUAUCAGUUUGACUGUGAACAACCACCCGCUUCCGCUGACCGCCGACAACACGGCGCUGUUUACGGCGUAUAUCUCGUUCACUUCGGUCCUGUUCAUCGUGAUUGCAUUCGCCUACUAUCCAGCGUCUAUCGUUGUCAUGCUGGUACGAGAGCGAUCACCAGACCACAAUUCCAAGCAUCAGCAACUGGUAUCUGGCGUUGGGAUCAACUCGUUCUGGACAGCCAACUACAUCUGGGACUUCACUGUCUUCUUAGUUCCUGCUGCGUUCGCGUUGAUAUUGAUUCAAGCCUACGAUCUCGCGACGCUCACUGGCUCAAGCUCCUGUGUCUCCUGUGACGACUCGACAUUUAUCGCGGUUAUUGUGCUACUACUUGUCUUUGGACUGGCGAUCUGCCCCCACGCGUAUUGCUGGUCGUAUCUUUUCAAAGACCCCGCGUCUUCACAGACGUACAUGAUCCUGAUCAACUUUAUCUUGGGUCUGGCACUCAUGAUCGUCUCCUUUGUGAUGCAAGUGAUCGAGAGCACGGAGAGUGCCGACAAGGCUCUCCAGUUCAUCUGGAGAUUGUCCCCACUCUUCUGUCUUGGUCGUGGACUUCUCAACUUGACAAUCAUCGAAAUCACGCAAACAGGAGGAGCUGAGGACGACGAUAAUAACAUCUCGAAAGACCCGUUCGCUCUGGAGAAUACAGGGUACGCGAUCGUCUACUUGAUCUUCGAUGCAGUGCUGUACUACGCGAUCGCUGUUGGUAUCGACUACGCCAUGACAUUCCCUAAGAUCAAGUCCGCCAUGUCCAAAGACCCCGAUAUUCCAGUUGAACACAAAGAAAUCGAUGAAGAUGUUAGAGAUGAAGUGGACCGAGUCCUGAUGGGUGGAGCAGAUAACGACACGAUCAAGCUACAAAACCUCCGUAAAGUGUACCGAAAAGGGGAGAAAGUGGCGGUACGAGAUCUGUCUUUUGGGCUCAAACAGGGCGAGUGUUUUGGUUUCUUGGGGAUCAACGGUGCUGGCAAGACAACGACCAUGAAGAUGUUGACGGGUGAUAUCGUGCCUACCUCUGGCAAUGCCACGCUCAGUGGAUACGACAUUUUGACGCAACAAGUGGAAGUUCGUCGCCAGAUCGGCUACUGCCCGCAGUUCGAUGCACUCAUUGACUUGUUGACUGUACGUGAGCAUCUCGAGUUGUUCGCAAAAAUCAAGGGAGUCCAGAGCUCGGACUUGGAUUUCGUAGUGCGCGAGAAGAUGGAGCAACUGAAUUUGACGGCGUUUGAAGACAAACUCGCGGGUAGUUUGAGUGGCGGCAACAAACGCAAGUUGUCUGUCGCUAUCGCGAUGAUCGGGUCACCCAGGAUCCUGUUCCUUGAUGAACCAUCCACUGGUAUGGAUCCUGUCUCCAGACGGUUUAUGUGGGAUGUCAUCUCCGAGAUCUCGACGUACAAUAAGGAGUCGACGGUGGUGCUGACCACGCAUAGUAUGGAGGAGUGCGAGGCGCUGUGCACUCGUGUCGGCAUUAUGGUCGGUGGGGAGCUCAAGUGUCUCGGCAGUGUGCAGCAUUUGAAGAAUCGGUUCGGUGACGGACUCAUGUUCGACGCGAAGUUGCAGACUCCAUCUGCAGAGGACGUCUCUGAACUUGUCCUGCGUCACUUUGACUCGGUCGACACUCGCAUCGAAGAGGGAGAUCUCACAGAGACUUGUCAGUUGUUCGGUAACGCGGCAUGGACACAGAAGAUCGUCAACACGCACCCGACUGGACACGCGAUCGCUAACCUUAUCAAGCGUGAUGGAUACGUCUCUGCCAAUAGCUUCGCGGCGUGGUGGAUCACUGAGACGAAGUUCGAGAAUGUGUUGGCGUUCUUACAGGAGAACUUCAGGUCGGUUGAGCUGCUGGAGCGUCAGCACGAUUCGUGCUGGUUCAAGAUCCACGACCAGCCAGCAGACGACGCCAAUAGCCUGCGUCUGUCGAAUGUGUUUGAGCUGGUGGAGAACGCCAAAUCUCGCUUGUCCAUUCGCGAGUACAGCGUCUCGCAGACCACAUUGGAACAGAUCUUCAACGCCUUCGCGAGCCAGCAGGAUGUGGAUGAGCCGGUCCUCAUCACGCCUACUAACAGCCCCAGCAACUCAGGAGGUACCAGGCGCGGGUUUCUUUCUCGUAUCCUGCAUCGGUAG